UCGGAUGAGAGCGAUAACGCUGCUCCCACUGCCUACAUCGCAAUUUUAUUAUUCUUUCUCACGUGCUACUCUAUACUACUUCUUUUAAAUCUCGUCUUUCGUAUUUUUCUCGUAAUAUCUGGAGUCGAAAGCAGUUCGCUGUAAUCCCACGUUUAUUACGGGGCAGUAGUAGUGAUAGUAGCCCGCAGCAGCCAAGUUGUUUGCAGAAGAAGCGCGUUGCUACGUUUCAGAUCCGGACUACUGCGCAUCAUACUGGACUGUCUUCUCGUCUCCACAACAAGGAUGAACUAAAAACUGAGGUACAGCGGGUGCAGUGUAACAGCCGUGACCUCAUGAAGGUUGACCUGUCCUGACAUUUUUAUGGGUUUAUCUGCACAACUAAAGCUUUCCCCUGGUGGACUGAACAAGCGCCUGGUCUCUCUCAGAGCUGGUCCUGUCCUCAGUUUUUUCCUGGUCUGACAGCACCCACCAACAUCAAAGGUACCCCCAGCCCCUCCAAAUCACUGUGAGCAGAGUCCCAGUAACGCCACAUCCCUGUCCAUGAUGCAGGAGCCCCAGGAGGUGGUGGAGGAGACGGUCACCAUCGAAGAAGAUCCCGGGACGCCCACCUCUCACGUCUCCGUGGUAACCUCUGACGAUGGGACCACCCGGCGCACUGAAACCAAGGAUAUGUCUAACAACUUAAAGGUGACUAAAGUGGUCAAAACCAUCACCCGUCGAACCUACCAUCCCGUGAUCCUUUGCGAGGGCUUGACAGUGGAGUCCAGGCCAGUCACCCGCACCCCCACCCCGGUCUCUGUUUGUGAGGCCGCCCCAGCUGACACUGAGCCAGUGACUAAAAUGGUGAAGACCGUGACCACGCGGACAGUGCGACAGGUGCCCCUCGGCCCUGACGGUUUGCCCCUCCCUGACGGGACCUCCCCUCUGGGCAGCUACGACUCUAUCGACCGCCGCUACAUGAAGAACGGCGGCUACAUCACCCCUCAAGCUAGCUCCACCCUGACGCGCGGCUACACCAACUCCUACAAUGACUCGUACGCAGACACCCCCGAGAGCCAGUACAUCCGCCACUACGGCCUGCACGACGGUUACGCAGAUUUGACUGACAACUACGGCAGCCUGUCCCGCGGAGUCAACUACCGACCCCCGCGAUACCCCUACAUACCGAACAGCUACCGUCCCGAGAACAGCUACACUUUACCGAUUCGUAAGGAUGACUAUGGCCAUGUAGCCCAGCCCCAGGUGCCCAUGGGCAGUAGCACGGUGGAUUUGAACCGUUCUCAGCCGGAGAGGUUUCAGCCGGAACCGUAUGGGCUGGAGGAUGAUAGGCGGAGCAUGGGAGCGGAAGAGGAGGAGCCGUACGAGCUGGAGCCGGAUUACUCCACCGCAAACAGGCGCACACUGCAGUCGGCCAACAGGGGGCGCACUCACAGGGAACCGCUACGGGAUGGACCCAGAGUCAGGGGCUACCCAGACGAGCCCAUUGACACAGAGUUGAUUGACGAACGCCACCACCCAUACAUCCACGGCAUGUACUCCGCCCCGCUCGCUCAGCCCGAGAGAGGAAGCAUGGCCAGCCUGGACCGCAUGGGAGGCAGACGCUCUCCCUCCAUAGACAGCAUCCGUAAAGACCCCCGCUGGAGGGACCCUGAUCUCCCCGAAGUCAUCGCCAUGCUAGGUCACCCCAUAGACCCGGUGAAAUCCAAUGCAGCUGCUUAUCUGCAGCAUCUGUGUUAUGAAAACGAUAAAAUUAAGAAGGAUGUCCGUCAGUUGAAGGGAAUACCGGUGCUGGUGGGGCUCCUGGAUCACCCCAAAUCAGAGGUGCAUCGUAAAGCCUGUGGGGCACUGCGUAAUAUCUCUUACGGGAAGGAUAAUGACAACAAAGUGGCCAUCAAAAACUGUGACGGCAUCCCAGCGCUCAUCCGACUACUGAGGAAGACCAAUGAUAUGGAGGUCAGAGAACUCAUCACAGGAACCUUGUGGAACCUUUCGUCCUAUGAGCCUCUGAAGAUGGUGAUCAUAAACCACGGGCUCCAGACCAUGACAAAUGAGGUGAUCAUCCCUCACUCGGGCUGGGAGCACGAGCCCAACGAAGACUCCAAGCCUCGCGACGCAGAGUGGACCACAGUCUUCAAGAACACUUCGGGCUGUCUCAGAAAUGUGAGUUCAGACGGGGCCGAGGCUCGACGUCGGCUGAGGGAGUGUGAUGGUUUGGUGGACGCUCUUCUCCACGCUCUGCAGUCAGCUGUGGGCAAGAAAGACAUGGAUAAUAAGUCUGUGGAGAACUGCGUGUGCAUCAUGAGAAACCUGUCGUACCAUGUGCACAAAGAGGUCCCAGGAGCCGAGAAGUACCAAGACCCCAACGGACUGCAGGCCCCAGGGUCAGCAGGGCCCCAGAGGAAGAAGAAAGAUGACGCAGGCUGCUUCGGAGGAAAGAAGGCCAAAGGAAGAAAAAAUGGUGAAAACGACAAAAACUAUGACACGUUGGAUCUGCCCAAGCGCACCGAGCCAACCAGAGGCUUUGAGCUGCUCUAUCAGCCCGAAGUGGUGCGCCUGUACCUGUCCCUGCUGACCGAGAGCCAGAACUACAACACCCUGGAGGCCGCCGCGGGAGCUCUGCAAAACCUCAGCGCGGGGCAGUGGACCUGGUCCAACUACAUCCGUGCCACAGUGCGUAAGGAGAAGGGGCUGCCCAUCCUGGUGGAACUACUGCGCUCCGACUCAGACAAAGUGGUCCGAGCUGUGGCCAUCGCUCUACGGAAUCUCUCUAUUGACCGCCGUAACAAGGAUCUGAUAGGGAGCUACGCCAUGCGGGACUUAGUGAGUAAUCUGCCCAGUGGUCAGCAGAGGCCAGCCAAAAACCUGGAAGAGGACACUGUCGUGGCCAUACUCAACACCAUCCACGAGAUAGUGACGGACAGCUCUGAAAAUGCCCGCUCUCUCAUUCAAGCACAAGCCAUCGAGAAGUUAGUGGCUAUCAACAGGACAAGCCAAUCAUCUCGUGAAACAAAAGCAGCAUCCCAUGUUCUACAGACAGUUUGGAGUUAUAAGGAGCUGAGAAACGCACUGACCAAGGAUGGGUGGAACAAAAGCCACUUCCAGCCUACAGUGACUGCAACCCCAAAAGCAACAAAGAACGGCAGGACAGGCUACGAUGACACCACUUUGCCACUAAUGGAGAAGAACCAAGAUGGCUACACCACCAUUGACCACAGAGACAAAGAGUGCAAAUAUAGGAACGAUGGAUCGGCGGACAUGACAGAACGGGAGCCUCUGAAGAAUGACACAAAUAGGAAGCACUAUAUCAGGAGUAACAGGCCCGCAGUCAGUCUGGUGGACGCUUGCGACGUUAAGCCACAGCCUGUAGACUCCUGGGUCUAAGUGCAUGCCCGGCUUAACAUAAAACCAAGCGUGAGUUCGGUCUGGAGGAAGAUCUCAUAUCACCACUGCCAUUUCACAAGAAGCCACAUGGAGUUAGACUUUGUACAGAAAAAGAAAUAAAGAAAUAAAUAACAAAAAAUAAAUAAAAAUCACAACUGCGACUACCCAGCAGCAGCCAGCAUUUUCCUGCUUUUGAGGAAAAUAAAAAAUACGAAAAAAGGACCACAAUUUCAACUACUUUUCUCAUAUCUACAUUCCCACUGGACUGGACAUCAUGUGAUUUUUUUUUUUUUUACAGUGUUGACUCUUAUGGAGAGCUACCAUUACAAACAAAUGGACUGAGGCCGGUUCUGAAAUGCGAUAAACUUUGAAGGUGCAAAGAGAUGGAUAAGAAAGAAAAUAUUAUGUUGGUAAGAAGAAUGAAAUGAAAAUAGAAAGUUGUUCCAGAUCUUGAGCUUUUGUAUUUGUUUUGAAGCCAAGAAUUUGAGCAUGUGGGAAAGCCAAUGAAUGUUUGGAGGUUUUAGAUGGACAUUUGAAUAAGAGAUAAAGAUGGUAAAACCGAGCCAUAGCAAAGUGGAGACGUGCAUUUCCACAAUUUUAGUAUCAAUAAUUUAAAAUCUGUUUGGUUCACUGUGUUUUGAAAAAGCUGCUUAAAUGUCAAAGAGACAUGUAUCAGUGUAGACUAGGUUGCAGAGAAGGAAGGGACAAAAAGUUAUUUUAAUUUGGUCAAAAAUUUACAAAUGAAAUCUAAAAAUUCUAAAUGAAGAUAAACUGCUUAGUUGGACUAUAAGCCAAGCAAGCAGCAAGUUCAUUUCCUUACUGAGAAACUGCAAGUUUUAACAUGGUUUGUAUGUAUGAAUUGUAUUGUAAGACGAUAUAAGGCAUUUGAUUAUGAUUAUGACAAGAGUGGUUCGGCAUUGAUCUCCCCUGGAAAUGGAUUGUUCUUAAAAAAAUAUGUUGUUUUUUCUUAUUUGAUGGUUUUAUAGAGAUGUAUAUUGAGAACAAAUAUACAAAAUUUAAGUACAAAAAAAUUCAAAACACUUAGUUGUAUAUUAAUAAUACAUUGUUUGGAAAGCACAUCUCAUUUGAUACAGUCUCAUCAAGCAAAUAACCAGAAAUGUGUGUCAACUAUUUAUAUUUUGUAUUGUCAAAAAAGAAAAAGUUUAUAUGUGUUUUUCAUAAGCCAGUGUGUUGUAAUUUUAUGCUUCUUCAACCAUGACAGCAAAGAGGACAUGAGAAGAUUGGAAGUUGGAUGGACAAAAUGGCAUUGUUGUUAAAUGUUUUCAUAGCUUAUUGCUCCAUCAUUUUGAAUUCUUCACCAGUGCAUCUUUAAGAGGGGUUGUUUCUGUUGUGAGCAUGACAAAAAAACAAUUGUACAAAUGUUUAUAUUAUAUUCUUUCCAAGUGCCAGUUUUCGUGGUGUCAUUUGGAUAUUAACUCAUUAGUGUGCUAAAAGGAGUCAGAUGGUAUAUGAGGCCAAUUUAAAGACACUGUACAGAGGAAACCGCCAUAGUAUAUAUAUUUUUACAAAGAGCUAAAGGAGGAUAGUAUUGGGAAUUAAAGAAGGCAGCCAUUUUGGAUCUCUUAAUUUUAUAAAAUUGCAAACUAUGAGAUAAGGGCAAAUCGGUUUCAAUCACUCAUGCAACAUUUUUAUAGGCAAACGGCAUGUGCCUGCAUCAAAGUCUGAAUUUUCAUUUUAUUUGUGACUUUGUGGAGCUUGCAUAUUUUACAGUGUUUACAAAGAUGUGCGUCGUGGUAAAAGUCAGUAAACAAAAAAUGUAUACAGUUUUAAUUUCAGAGUUUUAAAAGAAUACUAUUUAUAAUCCAAGUAUCCCCUCUCUUAUGUGUCCUCAAAAGUCUGUGCUGUCCCUUGGUAAGAAUUUUGUUAAAUCAUUACAGUUGCUAAAUGCAGUUAGCAACGACACAACCAAAGGAUUCACUCUACAUGGUACAUCGACAAAAUCUGAGAAAACAUGAAGGACACACAGUGAAUCAAACCAACCUACCUGUGUAGAUAUUUCUGAAUCAACAUUGUCAAAAUUACUGUACAACUCAGUAGCAGAUGUGUUUGUACCUAUCACGUGCCUUAACCUUUUCCAUGGUAGAUCAAAAUAAAUGUGUUUUAUAUAAUGUUAUUCCUCCCUUUCAGCUGUCAAUGCUCUUACCCUAAUAUGUAUCCUCUUCUGAUCAUCUGUCAGAUCAAGAAAUUCCUUUAAAAUAAUCCCCAUGUUAUCCCAAUGGCGCACCUAUCCCAUCCCUCCAAGUAGUUUAGACUGUUGGUGGCUAAUUUCUGCCUUGUAUAACAUUGUAUGAUAAAGAUUUUAAAAGAUAGUCAUUCAAAAACUGGUUUUGAUUUCCUAGAAGAGUAAAAAUUGUUCGGUAGAGAGUUGAGGCCAUGUCACAGUGACAGAAUGUAUUAUGUUAAUUUUACUAAUACCCAGAGGCAAAUAUUACGCUUGUUAAACAUAAUGGAAAAAUACUGGU